CGCAGCUGUACCUACAUGUGUUGUGCUUUUCAAAUCAGUCAGUAGAGCAGCGUAUUCUCUUAAGUUUAUAUAUAAAAACACUAACAUGUCUUCUGCCGAUGUAGUUUUAGGUUUUCUUGAAGACGCGGAGCCGUGGCGGCUUCGAGCCUCUCAGUUCCCCAGUAAAGUCGGUGGGAGGCCGGCGUGGCUCAGUCAGACAGGCCUACCCUCUGUGUCCGCGCUGGAGUGUGAGAUCUGCGGGCUGCCGAUGGUCUUCCUGCUGCAGGUAUACGCUCCAAUAUCAGGAUGGGACAGAAGUUUUCACAGAACCCUCUUUCUGUUCUGCUGCAAAACUCCUAAGUGCUAUUCACGAAAUGACAACCGCUGCAUAAAAGUUUUCAGGAGUCAACUCCCCAGAAAGAAUGACUUCUACCCUUAUGACCCUCCUCCAGAGGAUGAACCACAAAGCGACCCAGAGGAGGACCACAGUGUCUUACCUGUCUCUCAAGUUAAACUGUGUUGGGUGUGUGGUUGCCCUGGCAACAAGACCUGCUCCCGCUGUCACGCUGUAACCUACUGUGGGAAACACCACCAGACUGUCCACUGGAAACACUCUCAUAAGAAGGAGUGCUGCAGUCCAGAGGCCUCCUCCGUCACAACUUCACCUCUUCUUUUUCCUGAAUCUGAGCUGGUCACUGAGCCUGAGGAGGAGCGAGAAGACCCAGAGGCUGAGGAAGAUGAGGGUGGCGUUCAAAAAAGUGCUGAUGGUCCUUCAUUAGCAGAGACUCUGGCAGAAGCAGAUUUGGAGGAGAUGGCGAUGCAUGAGACUGAAGACAACAAAGUUUUCCAGCGGUUCAAAAAGAGGAUCGCCUCAGAGCCGCAUCAGGUGAUACGUUACAGUCGAGGAGGCUGUUCCCUGUGGGUCUCCUCUCAUCACAUCCCUUCAGACGAGGAUAUCCCACCAUGCACCUGUGGAACCAAGCGGACGUUUGAGUUUCAGGUGAUGCCUCAGCUCUUGAACAGCCUGUGUGUGGACUCAACAGGUGUUAGCAUUGACUGGGGGACUCUGGCUGUUUACACCUGCUCUGACAGCUGUAACCAUGACGACCAGUACUGUCCCGAGUUCAUCUGGAAGCAGGACUUCAGCUCAGAUCAGCACACACAGAUGAAAACACAUAAAUGAGCUUUCUGUGUAGCUGGAUGAAAUUCAGGUUGCUGAUCAGUGUUUACUUUAAAAGUGGACUGAACCGAGACGUCUAAUAAAAUGGUUUUAUGACUGAUUUAUUUUCAGAAACGAUCAGCAAAGAUGUCCACAGUAAACAUGCAUCUUAUCCUGCCGAUGGAAGUUUUUAUUUAAUUUUAAAGAAAUGCAUAAAUAUAUUGGUCUACGUUUAGUUAACUACACAUCAUGUUGCUCUUGGACUGUACUGAUCUCUCAUUUCUGAGGGCAUUCAAAUAAGACAGUAUUUUUAUAUAUGGCAGAUCUUAAACCUUCAUACAGAUUUUUUAAGCACCAUUCUAUAUUUAACAAGAGU